GCGGGCGUGUAGCGUCACGGGCGGUGUGUCAUUCCACUCAGAUAGCAUGUUGAUCACGAAGCCGCUUGAUUCGGAGCUCCGCUGUCUGCGAGUCGUGGCAGAUUAUAUCGUUUUAAGGUCUUUUUUCAAAGGAUGCAAACGUAACCGUUUUUGUCUGGUGUAACGGAAAGUGUACUGGAAGCAGCAUGUCCUUCUACGCCGUCAUUAUACCGGUCCUCUGUAUCAUUUUCUCGGCUUGGCAGGUGAGUGCAGAUGAGGACUGCUUGUGGUAUGUGGACAAAAAUGGCACCUGGCACAAUGGCUUUGAUUGCCCACUCAUAACCUUCUGCUGUGGGAACUGUCACCACCGUUACUGCUGCCUGGAUGGCUUCAAGAUGAUCACCGAGGCGGGACAGAAGCGCUGCAUGCUGUUCCAUCUCAGCCCUUCCACUAUAGCUGGCAUUGCUUCAUCGAUCCUGCUCUUUGUGGCUGCUAUAGCAACCAUGGUCUGUUGCUUCAUGUGUUCCUGUUGUUACCUGUACCAGCGCCGCCAGCAACGUGGCAGAACUCCUUAUGAAGCCCAGCAUAUUCCAAUGGCCAGCUAUCCUGUGGAGCACAUGUACGAUGCUUCUGGUAAACCCAUUGGACAUCCUGAUUAUCUUGGAUAUCCAAUGGUGCCGCAAUAUCCAGGUGUCCCCCACCAGUAUCCUAUGAUGCCCCAAGGUCCUCAUCCUCCUAAUCCUCCUGACGCAGGAUACAGUCAAGCAGCUCCUCCGCCGUAUUCCCCUCCCCAGUACCCAGGGCACUGAAAGAGCUGAAGUCCCUCAGUGAGGAGAAGAUAACCCAUACAAUGGGUGAUGAAGAGGGCCCAUGCUUGUGUGGAAUCCCUUGUAUGAGAAGCCGUUUUAAAAAUGAUUUAUGUUAUUUAUUUCUUGAUUAAUUUGUGGAGUGAAGCAUGAACUGACCUCAGAAUUGCCUCACGCGUCUGAGUGUUUUCUUGUUUGAUGUACAGCUUUCAUGUGUCACUAAUCUGCGUGUCUCCUCCCACUUUAAUCCAGCAACUCACAGACUCAAAAGACUGCUUUAAAUGUGCCAUUAUGUUUUGUCCAACUCUCCGAAAUGGACUGUUAAACAUGACUGUCCUGCAGAAGAGACUGGCUGCCAGUUCUGAUUCAUCCAGGAUAUCGUUCUUUGUUCAACCAAAUGAGAAGAAGCUUGUGUCAUUUGCACUUUAUUCUGCAAUAGACAUGCUUAGCUGUCUCUCCCAGCUCGUUUGUUCAAAAUGUAUUUAUUUGACCACUAAUUUGACCAUGUCACUUGCAUCAUUAACAUCAAAUCAUGCUGUAUGCUUUUCAUGUCUUAUAGACUGCUAACAUACAGACAUGAGACGUAGAUGUCUUAUAGACCGUUAACAUGCAGUAUGUAAAUAAGAGAACUUACAUUAAGAAUUAAUUUCAUGUUUCAUAGCAUCCAACCAAACUUCAUUCUGUGCAUUUGCAGGUCGUCAACUGUUGUUAGAUCUGGCUUGAGCUGUAAUGUUAACACCCCUUAGAUUUGCAUGUCUUUAAUUGUAUCUCAUGCUACGAAGGCCUGUUGUCAAGGGAAUAACUGUAAUGUUUGCAUUCAAUUAGCUGUCCGUCUGUGCAUUUUUAUUUGUUUCAAAAAGCUUUUUGAUCUAUAAAACAUUUCAGUCAUUUAUGUUGUUUUGUUACAUCUUCACAGUGAGAUAAGUUUAAACAAAGUCCCUUUACUUUUCCCUCCAAAUUCUGAAAAGGAAAUCUGAAUAGUGAUAUGAAAACUCCCCCCCCAAAAAUUGCAAGAUAUAAAAAUCGAAUUGUGAGAUAAAAAGUCGCAAUGGUGCGGUCAUAUUUACCAUUGUUUAGUGAAUUUUUGCAGGCAAAAUUUUCAAUGUGAAUCCACGCAUUCAGGAAUUUCGCAUGGGGGCAUAAGAUUUCCUAAUGCCGAUUUCACAUCGGGUUCAGUUGGUCAUAUGAAUUCGCAGCGUUGACCAAUUGAAAUCUUGGUUUGAAAGUGACUUCUGUGUGAGCUGUGCUUCAUACAUUGCUACACUAUUGACAACAAACAACGGACCUUUUUUGCUGACAAAUUUUUGCAGAAAUUUCACUAAUGUGACCACACAUAAAGGCGGGACUUCCAUUGCCACCAUAUGGAGUGUUACAAUUUUUCCCAUUCAUAUUAACACGAGUGGACCUUAAUUAAUUUCAAAGUUCAUCAUAAAUGACACUUUUCAAUGAUAAAUUAGAAUGUAAAUUAAAAGAACAUUCUCAUUAAAAUGAGUAUCAGCUUAAAAUAAUUCAUCUGGUACAUUUGGUACAUUUACUUUAAAAUGAUUUCUGCUACCUCAUCUCACAUUUGUAAGAUUAGUUGUGAUGCUUUGUUCAUUGUUUAAAUAACUUGUUAGUUAUUUAAAUUAAUGUAUAGUUAACAGUUUUGUUUUUACUAUAUAUAGCAUAUGCUACUGUAUUUGUCACUUUGGAAUGUGAAGUACAAAUAAGAAAAGGAUCUAUAAAGAUGAAUUUUUACAAUGUGGAAUAUUAACAGGUAUUUUCAACUUGGGGAAAAAGGCAAUUAAUAGGCUACUAGUGUUUGUACUUGCACUAAUCAUCCUAUAAGAAAGGUCUAAUUGAACAGACUGGACAAGGAGUAU